ACAAUCAGUGAGAGCCAGAGGCAACCAAUAGCAGAGACGCUCAAGUUCAGAUUUCAGGGCUUCCAGCUCUCUCUCUCUCUCUCUAUCAUCUACACUGAACCUUGAUUAGUUCUUCUCACAACUUAGCAAGAAUCUGAUUCAUUUGAAUAUUCAUUCUAUCUUAUUCAAAUUCACUGAAGUGAAGAGUCAAGGACUGCAUCAAGGAAUAUGAGUAAUACUUUAAGCUAUAAUAUAUUCCAACAGGGUUUUCUCCGUUCCACGGUUUUAGAACAUCAAACGAAGUCAAAUUCUUCUGGCGUUCCUGUGUACUCCUUGCUUCAACCUGCAUCUGUGAAGCAAUUGACGCCGCAUAUUCGUAAUUCACUUGCGUCCUCAAAGUUCUACGGAAACAAUUUGAGUGUGCGGAAACCAAAGUUAAGCACAGGAACACGUCUAUUAGUCAAAGUCACUCCGCAGGCCGUUCUAUCCAUGGAUACAGCAUCUAAGCAGCUUGUGGGAAAAUUCAACCUUGAUGGGAAUAUUGAGUUACAGGUUACUGUUAGUGCCCCUGCUACUGGGUCUGUUACACAAGUAAAUAUUCAGGUUACAUAUGGUAGUGACUCUUUACUUCUGCACUGGGGUGGGAUUGCUGAUAGAAAGGAGAAAUGGGUACUUCCUUCUCAUCGUCCAGAAGGAACUAAGAAUUACAAGAACAGAGCCCUCAGAACCCCUUUUGUUAAGUCUGGAUCAAACUCUUGUCUUAAAAUAGAGAUUGAUGAUCCCACAUUACAAGCUAUAGAGUUCCUCAUAGUUGAUGAAUCCAAAAAUAAAUGGUUUAAAAAUAAUGGUGAGAAUUUUCAUGUUAAGCUACCUGCAAAAGAGAAGUCAGCUCCAAAUGUUUCAGUUCAUGAACAUCUUAAGUCAGCCCCAAAUGUUUCAGUUCCUGAAGAUCUUGUACAGAUUCAAGCAUAUCUGAGAUGGGAAAGGAAGGGUAAAAAAAUGUAUACCCCACAGCAAGAGAAGGAAGAAUAUGAAGCUGCUCGCAGUGAGAUAUUGAAGGAAAUAGCCAGAGGAACUUCUGUUGAAGACCUCCGAGCAAAACUAACGAAAAAAAAUGACGUUGACAAAAUUGGGGAGCCAUCUCCUGGGGAAACAAAGGACAAGAUAACUGAUGAACUUGUCCAGAUACAAGCUUAUAUAAGAUGGGAAAAAGCAGGGAAGCCCAAUUAUUCUCCCGAACAACAACUUAGGGAAUUCGACGAAGCGAGAAAAGAGUUGCAAGAUGAACUAGAGAAAGGUGUUUCCCUUGAUGAGAUACGGAAGAAGAUUACCAAAGGGGAGAUAAAGACCAAGGUUGCAAAACAGCUGCAGCAUAAAAGAUAUUUCAGCAUUGAGAAGAUUCAGCGCAAAAAAAGGGAUUUGAAGCAGCUUAUUAAUAAGUAUGCUGCCAAACUCAUGGUGGAAAAAUCUCCAGAUGAACCUGUAACCUUGAAAACUCUUGAGCUUUAUGCUAGAGCAAAGGAAGAACGGGAUGGUCCUAUUCUGAGCAAGAGAAUCUACAAGCUGGCAGAUAUGGAAUUUCUGGUACUUGUAAGCAAGCUUGCUGGUAAGACAAAAGUUCAUCUGGCGACAGAUUUCAAUGGGCCAAUUACUCUGCACUGGGCUUUAUCCAAAAAAGCUGGAGAGUGGUCGGAACCUCCUCUUGAUGCACUUCCUCCAGGUUCAGUUAGUCUAAAUGGGGCUGCUGAAACACAAUUCGUAAAUAAUUCUUCUGCUGAUCAUCCUUACCAGGUGCAAACUUUUGAAUUAGAGAUUGAGGGAGAGAGUUUUGUUGGAAUGCCAUUCGUUCUAUUGUCUGAUGGAAAGUGGAUAAAGAACAAAGGAUCCGACUUCUAUGUUGAAUUUGAGCAACGACCAAAGCAAGUUUCGAAGGAUGCUGGAGAUGGGAAAGGUACUGCCAAGCCAUUGCUGGAUAAAAUUGCAAAGAUGGAGAGUGAGGCAGAGAAGUCCUUUAUGCACCGAUUUAAUAUUGCAGCAGACUUGAUAGAGCAAGCCAAAGAUGCUGGUGAAUUGGGUCUCGCUGGGAUAUUAGUGUGGAUGAGGUUUAUGGCUACAAGGCAGCUUGUAUGGAAUAGGAACUACAAUGUCAAACCACGAGAGAUCAGUAGAGCACAGGAUAGGCUUACAGACCUGCUCCAGAACAUUUAUGCCAGUCAACCUCAGUACCGGGAGCUUUUGCGUAUGAUCAUGUCUACUGUUGGUAGAGGGGGUGAAGGGGAUGUUGGGCAGCGAAUUCGGGAUGAAAUCCUUGUUAUCCAGAGGAAGAAUGAUUGUAAGGGUGGAAUGAUGGAGGAAUGGCAUCAAAAGUUACAUAAUAACACGAGUCCUGAUGAUGUUGUCAUCUGUCAGGCAUUAAUUGAUUAUAUUAGAAGUGACUUCGACACGAGUGUUUACUGGAAAACUCUGAAUGAAAAUGGAAUUACAAAACAGCGACUUUUAAGUUAUGAUCGUGCCAUCCAUUCUGAACCAAAUUUCGGGAGAGAUCAGAAGGACAGUCUUCUGCGUGAUCUUGGAAACUACAUGAGGACUUUGAAGGCUGUUCAUUCUGGUGCAGAUCUUGAGUCCGCUAUUUCAAAUUGCAUGGGUUACAGAUCUGAGGGUCAAGGCUUCAUGGUUGGGGUGCAUGUAAAUCCCGUAUCAGGCUUACCAACUGGAUUUCCAGAAUUGCUACAAUUCGUCCUAGAACAUGUUGAAGAUAAAGAUGUAGAAGCACUACUUGAGGGUUUAUUAGAGGCGCGUCAGGAGCUUAGGCCAUUAUUGUUCAAUCGUAACGAUCGUCUGAAAGAUCUUUUAUUUUUGGACAUUGCCCUUGACUCUACGGUUAGGACAGCUAUUGAAAGAGGAUAUGAGGGAUUGAAUAAUGCCGCACCGGAGAAGAUUAUGUACUUCAUCAAUAUGGUUCUUGAGAAUCUUGCACUUUCAUCAGAUGACAAUGAAGAUCUUGUAUACUGCUUGGAGGGAUGGAAUCAUGCCAUAAGCUUAUUGCAGAGUAAAAGUAAUAAGUGGGCUUUAUACACAAAAUCGGUCCUUGACAGAACUCGCCUUGCUCUUGCUAGCAAGGCUGAAUGGUACCAGCAAGUUUUGCAACCAUCAGCUGAAUAUCUGGGAUCAUUGCUCAGAGUGGAUCAGCAGGCUGUGAACAUAUUUACUGAAGAAAUUAUUCGUGCUGGAUCAGCUGCAUCCCUGUCCUCACUUCUAAAUCGACUUGAUCCUGUUCUUCGGAAAACUGCUAAUCUUGGGAGCUGGCAGGUCAUUAGUCCAGUUGAAGCUGUCGGAUAUGUCGCCGUUGUGGAUGAGUUACUCUCUGUACAGAACAAAUCUUAUGACCGACCUACAAUUUUAGUGGCAAGAAAAGUGAACGGAGAAGAGGAAAUUCCAGAUGGAACCGUUGCAGUGCUGACAUCAGACAUGCCAGAUGUUCUAUCACAUGUUUCUGUUCGAGCAAGAAAUGGCAAGGUUUGCUUUGCUACGUGCUUUGAUCGCAAUAUCUUGGCUAACCUUCAAGCGAGUGAAGGGAAAUUACUGUCCUUGAAGCCUACAUCAGCAGAUAUAAUCUAUAGUGAGCUGAAGGGGGGUGACCUAGCAGGUUCAGGUUCAGUUACUUUGAAAGCCGAUGGUCCUGCUCCAUCUGUUACUUUGGUCAAAAAGCACUUUGGUGGUAGAUAUGCCAUAUCAUCGGAAGAAUUCACAAGUGACGUGGUUGGUGCUAAAUCACGCAAUAUCGCAUAUCUAAAAGGAAAGGUGCCGUCUUGGAUUGGGGUUCCCACAUCAGUUGCCCUACCAUUUGGAACAUUUGAGAAUGUUCUUUCAGAUAACUUAAAUCAGGGAGUGGCCAAGAAGUUGCAUUCACUGAAAGAAAAACUAGGAGGAGGAGAGUUUAAUAUCCUCAAGGAGAUUCGUGAGACAGUAUUACAUCUUGCUGCGCCACCUCGGUUGGUACAAGAACUGAAGACCGAGAUGCAAAGUUCUGGAAUGCCUUGGCCUGGUGAUGAAGGAGAACAGCGAUGGAAGCAGGCAUGGAUGGCUAUAAAGAAGGUCUGGGCAUCAAAGUGGAAUGAGAGAGCAUAUUUCAGCACAAGGAAAUUGAAAAUCGAUCACGAUAAUCUAUGCAUGGCUGUCCUGGUUCAAGAAGUAAUUAAUGCCGAUUAUGCAUUUGUUAUCCACACUACAAAUCCAUCUUCAGGUGACUCAUCAGAAAUAUAUACGGAGGUUGUUAAGGGACUUGGGGAAACUCUAGUCGGAGCUUAUCCAGGCCGUGCUUUGAGUUUUAUCUGCAAGAAAAAGGAUCUGAGUACACCUCAGGUACUUGGAUACCCAAGCAAGCCCAUUGGUCUCUUUAUAAGACGUUCUAUUAUCUUCCGCUCUGAUUCUAAUGGUGAAGAUCUCGAAGGUUAUGCUGGUGCAGGUCUUUAUGAUAGUGUGCCAAUGGAUGAAGAAGAGAAAGUUGUCCUGGACUACUCGUCUGACCCCUUGAUAAAUGACAGCAACUUCCAAAAAUCAAUCCUCUCAAGCAUUGCUCGUGCAGGAAUGGUGAUUGAAGAGCUCUAUGGAUUGCCACAAGAUAUUGAAGGUGUGAUCAGGGAUGGGAAUGUUUAUGUUGUCCAAACAAGGCCACAGAUGUGAUCCCUUAAUUUUCCUUAAUGAUGGGAUACUGAGGAUGAAAGAUUUGUAUAAAUGAGAAACAAAAUGGAGGGAACAAAAUAUGAAAGGUAAGCAGAUAAGAAUAAAAGAGGAAGAAGUAGAAAUGAAAAAGAGAAAACGGAAUGGAGUUAAAAGACAAUAUUACUUACUACAUUAUAGAAAUCAAGACAUUUUAUACUGAUUAUAGUUUCA